CUUAAACAGAACAGUCAAGUAACGUCUUGAGCCACUUCAUUGUCAAAUUAUCCAAGUCGAAUGUCCUCAGUAUUGCCUCAAGAGAUCAUUGAUCAGAUCAUCGACUACAAUUAUUACGAUGAUGUCCCUACCCUCCAAGCUGCCUCCCUUGCGUCUCACUCACUUCUACCCUCGUGCAGAGUACAUCUUUUCUCUGAAGUUGUACUUGUACAUGAAUACGUCCUCGAUCCCGUCCUAGAUUUCGCACCGGACAUAACGGGAAGACUUUAUACGUGCAAGGAUUUUUUCUCUCUCCUAUCGGAGGCUCCGUGGAUUUCUAGCCUUGUCAAAACACUCGUCCUUCAUAAUUGGUACGAAGGUACCCGUCUCUUAGAAGACCCUCAUUACGCUAUUCUGCCAUCCAUUUUAUACUCGCUUACACACCUUCGUCACCUGGUUCUCAGCAAUGUACCACACCAGUCAUGGAAAGCAUUCAACGAGAGUCUUCGAGCAGCACUUAUCAAGACGCUUCCUCUUCUCACCCAGCUGGAUGUCGACUUCCUCUCCUUCGAAGAUCAUGCUGAAUUCAUUCAAGUUAUCCGGGAGGCGAAGUCGCUAAGACAUCUUUCCUACGUCAAUAUUACUACUACGAAUGUUUGGGAUCUUCAAAAUUCUAUCAUUGCGCCCACGCCUCAAAUUUGUCUUGAGUCACUCACCGUCUCAGGGAGGCCGUUACAUCCAACCCAUGUUAACACAUUUCUCUGACCUUGCUUUGAUCUCACACGCGUUCGCGAGUUGUCAAUAUCUUCUGACAGUCUCUUCGAGGACCAGGAGUCCUUGGAUGCUCUUC